GGCUGCGGCUGGCCAGGGCGGCCCCGGCUCCCAUGGGCCGGCGGUGAGCGAGCGGGCCCGGGGCCAUGCCCAGGCGGCUGGCGGGGCCCCCCGCGGGCCCCUACGGGGAGGAUUUCUCCUUCGUGAGCCCGCUGGUGAAGUACCUGCUCUUCUUCUUCAACCUGCUCUUCUGGAUGAUCUCGAUGGUGAUGGUGGCCGUAGGCAUCUACGCCAGGCUGAUGAAGCACGCAGAGGCGGCCAUGGCCUGCCUCGCGGUGGAUCCCGCCAUCCUGCUCAUCGUGGUCGGCAUCCUGAUGUUCCUGAUCACCUUCUGCGGCUGCAUCGGCUCCCUGCGUGAGAACAUCUGCCUGCUGCAGACGUUCUCAAUCUGCCUGACCAUAGUCUUCCUGCUGCAGCUGGCAGCUGGAGUGCUGGGCUUUGUCUUCUCUGACAAGGCACGCGGGAAGGUGAGCGAGAUCAUCAACAAUGCCGUCGUGCAUUACCGGGACGACCUGGACCUGCAGAACCUCAUCGACUAUGGGCAGAAGGAGUUCAGUUGCUGUGGGGGUGUCUCCUACAAGGACUGGUCCCAAAACAUGUAUUUCAACUGCACUGCUGACAACCCCAGCAGGGAGCGCUGUUCUGUGCCUUAUUCGUGCUGCCUGCGUGCAGCUGACCAGGCUGUCAUCAACACCAUGUGUGGCCAGGGGAUGCAGGCCAUGAACUACCUGGAGGCCAGCGAGUUCAUCUACACCAACGGCUGCAUCGACAAGCUGGUGAACUGGAUCCACAGCAACCUCUUCCUGCUGGGGGGCAUCGCGCUGGGCUUGGCCAUCCCACAGCUGGUGGGAAUCCUGCUCUCCCAGAUCCUCAUCAACCAGAUCAAAGACCAGAUCAAGCUGCAGCUCUACAACCAGCAGCACCGAGCAGAUCCUUGGUUCUGAAACCCCACCCAGAAGAGCGAGCGCCUCUCGUGCCGUGGCAGGGAGCGGCGUGGGGAGGGACACGCACCCCAGGAGGAAGAAACCACCUGCGUUUUUCCCUGCUAUUGCUCACUCUGCCCUGCAGGGGACUGGACAAGGGGGUAGCCCCCAGGAGAGACCCCCAGGCAGCCAGCGAGAGGCUGCUGCGUCUCCGGCAUCAUCCGUAGCAUCCCCGCCCAAGUGACUCACAUCUUGGUCCUUUUUGUGGCAGCUUUUUUUUUUUUUAAAUAGGGAAAAGAGCAAAAGAUUUCCCAGCUGCCCCAGCCCUCUCUGGGAAUUGCCUUGAGAGCUGCCUUGGCUGCAUCUUCCCCUGGAAGGCUGGUGCAUUGGACCCGGGCUGGGCUGGCUGGUACGGAAGGGAGGUAAAGGGGGGGGUUGGCGGUAUAAUGCGGGUACAAGUGUCUUUCCUCCUGUGUGGCCUUGGAGCAUGGGGACGGGGGGCCUAGCCAGCUUCCUGCCCCCCAGGCCUGGACCAGCUGGGAGUGACGCCAGACAGCAGAAUGAUCAGCCCCUGACCCUGCACUGAUCUUUACUGAUGCACUGAAUCCAGAGAAGCAUCAGGAGGGGGCUGCUAAGGGGGGAGGGCUAGAGGAUGUAACUAGUGGCCAAAAACCACACGGGG